CAUGUCUGUCGAGAACAUGACAUGGAUCUACCUGUGCUUGAAGAUUCUAUCUGGAAUGAAGUCUAGAUUUUGAACUUAAAAGCUGAAAUCAGAGAACAUCAUGCACUUUGAAUUACCAACCGUCUGGAUUUGUACAGUAGCAUUGUCCUUUCAGUUCCUGCUGCCCCCUGCAGAAGGAACUUUAUCGAAGAGUGACAGAGGAAAGAAGAAAAAAGAAACGAAGGUUGAAGUUGCUGACAAGAAUGUUGUUGACAGGGGCCUUGUCAGUAUCACGCCCAAAGCCAAAGACAUCAUCAAAGAACAUUCUUUAUAUUUUGAUCGAGACCGAGAGGUGAAAAAUUUCGAAGGAGAGAUCCUGGCUUAUGUGACCCCGUGGAACAACCAUGGCUAUGAUGUAGCUAAGCUGUUUGGGUCAAAGUUCCAGUAUGUGUCUCCAGUCUGGUUGCAGGUGAAGCGACACCCAGGAGGUGCCUAUCACAUUCAGGGCACACAUGACGUGGAUAAAGGCUGGAUUUCAGCUGUUGUUCAAGGCCGAAAGACACGCAUGGUCCCAAGACUUCUAUUUGAUGGCUGGAGUUUGGAGGACUUCAAUAGUUUGUUUGAAGAUGAGGACAGCAUAGAGGACUGCAUUGAAACGAUUCUGGCGACUAUCAAAGAGUACAAAUGGCCCGGGAUUGUGGUGGAGAUAUGGUCGCAGUUAGGAGGACAGAAACGCAAGGAACUGGUGCACUUCAUCAGCCACAUGGGUGAGAUGUUCCAUGCUGCUAAGAAAGAGCUCAUUCUUGUGAUUCCUCCUCCAGUCUAUGGCAGGAAUAUCGAUGGCAUGAUUAGCAAAACUGAUGUAGAUGCCCUGAGCAGCUACGUGGACCGUUUUAGUUUGAUGACCUAUGACUUUUCUAACCCUGGCCGGCCUGGCCCCAACAGCCCUAUUGAGUGGGUAAGAGACUGCAUCCUCAACCUAGCCCCCAACAGUAACUCACCCGUCAGAAAAAAGUUGCUAAUGGGGCUCAACUUCUAUGGACUGAAAUACAAAUCCGGAGGUGGUGGUGAUCACGUGCUAGGGAAUCAGUAUAUUGAAAUCCUGAAAAAGGCUAAGCCAUCUCUCAAGUGGGAUGAGCAGACAGCUGAACAUGUGGUGGAAUACAAGAGCUCUGACGGCAACUACAAAAUGUACUACCCAACACUUAAAUCUAUCCAAUCCCGACUGGAUUUGGCUAGAGAAAUGGGCGUCGGCAUUUCAUUGUGGGAAGUUGGACAGGGGCUAGACUAUUUCUACGAUCUACUCUGACCUGGUGCAGCGUUGCAUUGUAUUCCUUUUGUUGUUCGCUCAUUGAUUUUAUUUUCAGGGUGUGGUAAAAUGUGUUGAGGGUGAAAUCAUUAUCAAGGGGAUGCAAAUGUAUGAGUUUGCGUUAAUGUGUGAAUGAGUAUGUUUUACGUGUGUGUGUGUGUGUGUGUGUGUGUCUGUCUGUGUGUGUGUCUGUGUGUGUAAGAGUAUGUGCUUUCUAGUAUUGCAACAGUUUCUAAUCCUAAGAUUAGAAGGAAAUUAGGGCUGCCGCAGAUGAUUGAAUUCCUCUGUGGGUCUUUCUGAGGCUUUAGGAAAUUCUUUGACAAACUUGAAAAAAUUUGAACUGGUAUUAUAUCUGGGCCACUCCAGAACUGACAGUUUCUGCAUAUAUAAGGUCACUGCGGAAAAAGUUGUACUCAAGUGAUAAAGUUCUCAGUAACAUGUGUACAUGCCUGAGAAAAGGGUCCACAUGCAAAUUUUUGUAUUUACUAUUGUAGUUUGUUGCAUUAUAAAGAGAUGCUAGCAUUUCUCCUGAGUUAAAUAUAUAGGAAAAUUUAACAUUUUUUUUCACAAAUAUAGUUGGUACACUCCUCAUUGCUUUUGAGAUAUCUGAAGUUUUUUGAAAACAUGGUCAUCAGGGAAGGUCUUGAGUACUAGCUCCUAUAUAUGUUGGGUAAAUGCAUUCCACUUUGUAUUUGAGGAGAAAAUGGAAUACUUGUACAGUAACUUGAUUAUCGUUAUUUUUCAAUGUGAUACCUUUUUCAUACUGAAUUUAACAUUAGGUAUGUUCUAUCGUUUAAUUUUUCGAAAUGUCGUUCUGGUUUAAGGGUUAUACACUCAGCCUCAAAUAUCUUGACCACAUUAAGAAUUGAUAAAUGAGUUCAACACAUCUGUAAUUUUGAGUAACUAGUAAGAACAAAAAUUAAGGGAAGUAUUUAUGGAAACAAUUACUGUGACAGUUAGUGGUCAAAAUCAUGAAAAGUGCACAACGUCCAUGAAAGGAUAAAGGGAUGGAUAAUGUGUGUGCCUUGUUCAGUGUCAAAAUAAAAGAAAGGAUGCGAGUUGUGUUGAUAAGCCUUAUAACUUUAAAAAACGGAAUGGAAAUUGCUCGUACAUCAGGUCAGGAUCAUGAUGAUGUAACUAGCACUGGUCAGAGCACGCCAAGCUUCCCCCUUGAGUAAUCACUUCUCAGUCCAUACCUUCAUGUUUAAAAAUCACACACACAUACACACAGAUACAAGUACAAUUCACUCACCAUACAGCCCAAUACUGUGCGACACUGUCUGUUUUCGAUCACCUCCGAGCAACCACCCUCGUACGACUUGAUUCUUGGAGAUUCUAACACCUUAUGCACUACCGGUACAUGUAAUGCACAAUGAUGUGACUCAACACCAUCAGUGUCAUGCAUUACGCUGUGUGGCAGUGAACCUGGUGGGCUCAUGUAAUCUGAUACUCUACAUGAUGAUGGGUGUGCUUCUUUUCAUUCAUGCGUGCCGGGAGAUUUGAAUUCGAAACAAUAGUGAGGAACAAUUUGGACAGCUUUUUUCAGAGGAGCUGAUUGACACAUUUGUAUUGGUGUUUGAGAAAACAGUGUUGCCAAUACCAAGAAAAUAUAUCCAUUCAGACAGGGAAUGGCAUAUUACUUGAGCUACCCAUGAAUUCAAGCUUUCGGUGUUUGAGUUAUUUGUGCUUGACUAGCUGUAUAUUUUUAUGCAUGUGCCUUUUUAUCCAGCUAUGAUUUAUUCACAGCUCACUCACCUUACAGCUGAUUGGAUAUGGAAUGUUUGCAAUUUUUCCCCUGUGUUUUCUGUUGAUUGUGUUGUUUGCUUUAGAGCAGCCUGUGUUUUCUGUUGAUUGUGUUAUUUGCUUUAGAGCAGCCUGUGUUUUAGUUUUAUCAUUUUAUGUUGCCAUUGUUUUGACUAGGUUUAUUUUAAUUGGCUAAUUUAUUGGGAGUAGUUUUAUAUACUCCAAUGUUCAAAACCAUGAUCAGUGCCGACUUAUUUUUUGCAAGUUAUCAUUUCAGCCCUGCAGCCGUUAUAUGCAAAGAGGUUACGUGUCUUCAUUUACUACUUAUUGUUGUGCAAGGAGCUGGAAAAAUGGUUUAUUGACUUCUCUUUGUGUACGACACACUUUUUGGGGUUCUCUAGUUGUGGAACAAUUGAAGGGCUGUGUUUAUCUGUGUUUCUCUGCCUUUCUGUUUGGACAUUUUAUCCCUCUCACCCAAGGUUGCCCUUGAAAGGGAAGAUUAAAGCCCACUCUUCGCAAGUGAUUUAAAUUGUAUUGAUGGAGAUGUGGAAUUUAAAAUCUCCACAAGUAAAAAAAAAAAGGAAAAAAACAGAUUUAUUGAUUUUGCAUUUUUUUUCUCUUUUGCAUUUGAUUCUGCUUCCUCAAGAAGAAGCAUAAUUUGCUCUCUUCAGGGUCAUUUGCCCAAUUUGUUCAAUUAGUUAUUAUUUCUGAAUUGUUUUCUUGAUUCUGAUUGACAAUGGUAUGUUGUGCCUUUGAUGAAUUUGGGAAAAUCUUGGUAAGUUGAUGGGGAAGUAUUACAAGAAAUGAUGAUGUGACAGUAUAAGUAUGUUUUCUUAUGAAAUUUUUGCUCACGUUUUGCUGGAGGUUUAAGGAAUGUUUGAUUUGAAAUUAUGCUUUUUAAUAAAAAAUCAGUGAAUUACAA